UGAAAAAUUUUUAAAAUUUUUAUUUAAAGGCUAAACAAAACAGAAAAUAGGUAGAAAUAAUACAUACGUUCUGAGAAAAAAAUAAACAGUAAGAAAUCAGUAGUUGAAGUUUACAUAUUGUCGUUUUACAAAUAGUUGUUCAAGAUACAAAAAUGUAAAGUGGGGAUUCAAACAGCGAGACUGCAAACAGUUCUGUUCAACUGUCCAACAAAAACUUAGUAAAUGGUUGUCAAUCCUAUACACUUAAACAUACGUGCAGUUAUCCAUAUCUUCAUUUAUGUUUAGAUUAAACAAACUAAAGCAGGUUAAAAUCAUUCUGAACAAAAAAUAAUAGUAUUGCUGGAUUUCACAUCAUGACUCUCCAUGAUCAGCACUGGAUACUGUAGUGUCUUUUUUUAAAAAAAUUUAAUUUAAAGAUUAAUCAAAACAGAAAACGGGUAGAAAUAAGACAUAAUUUCAAAGAAAAAAAUAAACAGAAAUCACUAGUUGAUGAUUACAGAUUGUCUUCUUACAAAUAGUUAUUCAAGAUACUAAAAUGGAGCUUAUAAAGUAGUGAUUCAAACAGUGAGAUUGCAACCAGUUCUGUUCAAACAGCAAAUAUUCUUAAGGCUAAAUGAUGCUAAGACUGAAAAGAUUUUUCUUUUCUUUUUUCUUUUUUUUUUUUUAUUUAAGGAGAAAAUAAAAAACAGAAAAAUGGUACAAGUUAUACAGAAUUUCAGAAAAAACAAACAGUAGGAAAUCACUAGUUAAUAGAUUGCAUAUUGUUAUCUUAGAAAUAGUUGUUCAAGUUACAAAAUUAAAGCAUAUAAAAGUGGACUUUCAAACAGUGAGACUGCAAACAGUUUUUGUUCAGUGAUCCAACAAAACUCAGUAAUAUGGUCAUCUAUCUUAUACACUUAAAUAUAUAUACAGUUAUAUUCUUUAGAGCACUUUCUUGAAAAGAUUUUUUAAAUGCUGUAUUUUAACUUCCAAAUUCUAUUAUAACUUCGUGAUUAUAUAACGGUUAACUUGUUAAGACUAGGAUUUCGGUUUGACUUACAGUAUCUGAAGUUUUGGUCUGUGAGUAAUUGCCCCAUUGCUUUGGGCCGAUGGCAGGCAGUAGCACAUUAUGUUAUGAGUGCAUGAGCCUGGGUCCUAGAGUCCUUUUCAAGGGCAACCCCUGUGACCAAAUUACCUUCCACUAGGCUCUGUCUCUCAAGCUGCUACAACCUCCCAAUAGCCUCAAGCUGGCAUCAAGCCUUUAACACAUGAGCCUUUGUGUAGCAAGUUCAAACUUAUGAUAGUUAAAGUGCUAAUAAAUAUCAGCAUGUAAAUAAAUGCCAUAAAAAUCAUCUUUAGUCCUCAGAGAUUCCAGUAGUAAUGGAUACAGUCUUGUCACUGGAAGGCUGUGCUUUCUCUCUAACCUGUGUUUCAGUGUAGAUUCAGAGGAAGCUGAUGCUGAAAAGCACCUGUAUCUUCCAGGCUGUUUAUUAGGGUCAAUACCUCAAAAGAAGAAGGUGGAAUAGGAAGCAGUUUGGGCAGAAGAAAUUGAAUUACAAGCCAGAUUCAACAAAACUCUGGCCAUUUCUUCUGGAGUAUGGUAGCUGUGGGAGUUUAUUUCCCUUCUUCAACAGUAAGGUUCUUGGGGAUACAGCUCAGUGGCACAGAGCCUUUAUGGCAAACACAAGGCCGAGAAUUCAAUUCCUAGUAGAAAAACAAAGCAAAACAAAAAACCCAAGAAAGUUGGAUGGAGAUGGAGACUCAUUUUAAGAGUCUUUAAGUUUUGUACAGAUCAUUAAAGAAGUUGUCCAGCAUUUAUUUGUUGAACAGAGAAAAAUCUCUUGUGGCCUCUCCUGUAACAUCUAAUCUUUCUCCCUUUGCCUGAACUCCUUUUCUUCAGCUGAAAGUAGUUUUACCAAUGUCAGCGGUGACACAGCUGGUUGUCCAUGUAUCAUGAACCAACAUGAAGGUAGUUUUCCUCUGUGAUUAGCAUGUUAUAUACCGCUGUGCUUCUGGGCUUCGUAGAUAAGACCUACAGAGGGACUCGAGGCAAACAACCAACCCAAGAUACAGAGAAUACGGGAUUAUAUUUAGAGAGACAAGCUGAAAACAUAGUGAUUACUUUUAGCCAUAUUAAUGCAUAUAGUUUACGGUUCUAAUGAGUUUUGGGGAUUUGGAUAUUUAAUGUUUUUAGGUCUGUGAGUUAAGAGAGCUGUGCUUCUUCGAAGCUUUUUUUUUUAAAGUCAGUGUUUUUCCUCCCUCUCAGAUAUAGUCCUGCUUGAGGGUGAGAAAUGUUAAUCAUCUUAUGGUCUCAAUAUUGCUGUCCACACCCAUUGUAUUUCCUUGUUUUUUUUUUUUACUCCUUUUACCUAGACAGAAUUUGUAUUGGUCCUUUAUCUCCAAGACUCAAGGGUAUAAAGGACUUUCACACAAUAUAUUUUAAAAAUGGGCGAGACAGGGAAUAGUUGACUUGAUAAGUAAAGUGGCAGAAUAGUGAUGAAAGCCUAAGUAUCUCAGAGCCAUUUACAUCUUUUCCUCUUAUAAUCAUUUUUCCUGUUAUCUAUAGAAGCAUUUGUUUCAUCUUAAGAAAUAUUAUGCAAAUAAUUUUCUUCAUGUUGCGUAUUGAAACAAUGGAAUGGUGCAUGUGUUACCGUUAGGAAAACCUGAUUUUAAAAAUUACAAUUGAAAAUCCGAGUCUUUCAGAGGCACAGAUCUGAUUGCGGGCGGCGUUUCCUCCUGUCCCCUUAGUUUCAUUUCCUCCUUGCUCGUGAAGCAGCCCCACCAGAGGGUAGGCAAAAGGAGGGAUUAACCGCAGCCCUCAAAGUCUUGGUGAACUCUUUUGUCAUAGGAUCAGUUCCUUUCACUAUUUAAAAAUUUUAGCGGACUGCACAGUUAUUUUGAAAAUAAGUUUUGAAUAUUGGCUAUUACAUGUAUUGAAUUUCAGUGUUUAUACUUUAAAAUCUUCAACUUUAUGUUCUGAGAUCUACCUAUUUUCAUUAUAAUUCUUUUACGAUGUAUGCCAGGGUUUCCACCAUUAUUACUGGUAACUGUGACUGAUCAUUAUAAGCAAACUUUGCAUCGUGUACAGGAGGCUGUGUUUAAGGGUACAUUGCAAUGUUUGUAACAUAAAAUUUUCACCUCCUUUUCAUGUUCUGUAGAGUUGUUCUUGAAAUCCAGAAGUAAUUUUCAGAGUGAUAAAAUAUUAUCUUUUUGAGUACAAGUUACUGUUCCACACCUCGGAAAGUAAAUUUGUCUUUGUCACACUGAAGGUUUUUUCAAAGUCUAAAUGUUAACCUAGACGGAUGCUAAACAUUUUAUGGUCUUAUUGCUGUUAACACCCACUGGACAAGUGUAUUUGUAUAUGGAGUGCAGUUCCAUAGUCUAGAGCUAUUUGGUUCGUUAUCAGCACCAACAGUAAAUGUCCUAAAAAAUCAGCUUCCAAACAGCUGGCAGUUAAGUUAACUUACUGGCCUUUAGCCCCGCCUAAUUUCACAUGACGUCUCUGUUCUUUGACACAAAUAGCGAACCUUAACUUCUCAUCAAGGAAGUCGGUUCAGUACCUUUCUAUGUGCUUCUGUGUCUAGGAAUGUAGAACAACCUUAAAAUGGAUUUUUUAAAGAGAGUCGUUCCGCCUAUUCUUUCUGGCGAUACUACUUUGGAUACUAGAGAUAGUAUUCAGGAAGAUUCCCCAAGAUUACUUAGGAUGAAGUGUCUUAGUUUGCUUUCAUCAGGGAAGACAAUAGUAGAUGGCCAAGCUGGAGCCAGUUUCCAUCCCAAUCAAGACAGACGCAGCCAUCAACAACUAGCUUCAGCACCAGUCAGCAAAGUGAAUAAGUACUGUGCUCCUUCCAACUUUCAUUCCACUUGGGGGAAAAAGAAUAUCAUCAUGUCAAACAUUACGAUUGACCCCGACGUCAAACCCGGUGAAUAUGUCAUCAAGAGCCUCUUUGCAGAAUUUGCUGUUCAAGCUGAGAAGAAAAUUGAAGUUGUAAUGGCCGAACCCUUGGAGAAGCUAUUGUCCAGAUCUCUUCAGAGGGGUGAAGAUCUUCAGUUUGACCAGUUGAUAAGCUCUAUGAGCUCAGUAGCAGAGCACUGUCUCCCUUCCUUACUUCGCACCUUGUUUGACUGGUACAGACGCCAGAAUGGAACUGAAGAUGAAUCUUACGAAUACAGGCCUCGAUCCAGCACAAAGUCAAAGGGGGAUGAACAGCAACGCGAAAGAGAUUAUCUUCUGGAAAGGCGGGACUUAGCAGUAGAUUUCAUUUUUUGUUUAGUGUUAGUCGAAGUUCUAAAACAGAUUCCUGUUCAUCCUGUACCCGACCCUUUAGUUCAUGAAGUUUUAAACUUAGCUUUUAAGCACUUUAAACAUAAGGAAGGCUAUUCAGGAACCAACACUGGGAAUGUGCAUAUCAUUGCGGAUUUGUAUGCGGAAGUGAUAGGAGUUCUUGCCCAAUCAAAGUUUCAGGCUGUAAGGAAGAAGUUUGUGACAGAAUUAAAAGAACUGCGACAAAAGGAACAAAGCCCACAUGUGGUACAAAGUGUCAUCAGCUUAAUAAUGGGAAUGAAAUUUUUCCGGGUGAAAAUGUACCCUGUAGAAGAUUUUGAAGCAUCUUUUCAGUUUAUGCAGGAAUGUGCUCAGUAUUUCUUAGAAGUAAAAGAUAAAGAUAUAAAACAUGCACUUGCUGGUUUAUUUGUGGAGAUUCUUAUCCCUGUAGCUGCUGCUGUUAAAAAUGAAGUGAAUGUUCCCUGUUUGAAGAAUUUUGUGGAGAUGCUCUAUCAGACUACUUUUGAACUGAGCUCCAGGAAGAAGCAUUCCUUGGCUUUAUAUCCAUUAAUUACCUGCCUUUUGUGUGUCAGUCAGAAACAGUUUUUUUUAAAUAACUGGCAUAUUUUCCUACAGAACUGUUUGUCACAUUUAAAGAUGCCAUCUAACAACAGUAUCAGAAAACAAAUAGAAACCCUCCAGAAUAAAGAUCCUAAAAUGUCUCGAGUUGCACUGGAAUCUUUGUAUAGAUUGUUGUGGGUUUAUGUAAUUAGAAUAAAAUGUGAAAGCAACACUGUAACUCAAAGUCGUCUUAUGAGCAUUGUGUCAGCACUUUUUCCAAAAGGCUCACGAAGUGUGGUUCCUCGUGACACGCCUCUCAACAUAUUUGUGAAGAUUAUUCAGUUCAUUGCUCAGGAACGUUUGGAUUUUGCAAUGAAAGAAAUAAUAUUUGAUCUUCUCAGUGUUGGAAAAUCUACUAAAACUUUUACCAUUAAUCCAGAGAGAAUGAACAUAGGCCUCAGAGUCUUCCUUGUAAUAGCAGACAGCUUGCAGCAGAAAGAUGGCGAGCCACCCAUGCCGACCACUGGAGUGAUUCUCCCCUCAGGAAAUACUCUGCGUGUAAAGAAGAUUUUUCUCAAUAAAACCUUGACAGAUGAAGAGGCCAAAGUCAUAGGAAUGUCAGUUUACUAUCCUCAAGUAAGAAAAGCGUUAGAUAGCAUUCUCCGACAUUUGGACAAAGAGGUUGGAAGACCAAUGUGCAUGACCAGUGUGCAGAUGUCUAACAAGGAACCUGAAGACAUGAUUACGGGGGAAAGAAAACCCAAAAUUGAUUUGUUUAGAACUUGUAUUGCUGCAAUUCCAAGGUUGAUUCCUGAUGGUAUGAGCAGAACUGACCUCAUUGAAUUGUUAGCAAGGCUCACAAUUCAUAUGGAUGAAGAACUUCGAGCUCUGGCUUUCAAUACUCUGCAGGCACUAAUGCUUGAUUUUCCAGAUUGGCGGGAGGACGUCCUUUCAGGAUUUGUUUAUUUUAUUGUUCGUGAAGUGACUGACGUCCAUCCCACACUUCUUGAUAAUGCUGUAAAGAUGUUGGUACAACUAAUAAACCAGUGGAAACAAGCAGCCCAAAUGCAUAACAAAAACCAAGACUCACAGCAUGGUGUAGCUAAUGGAGCUUCUCAUCCCCCUGCUCUGGAAAGGAGCCCGUACUCCACAGUGUUCCAUGUGGUUGAAGGGUUUGCACUUGUCAUUCUCUGUAGCAGUCGACCUGCCACUAGGAGACUGGCCGUCAGUGUACUUAGAGAGAUACGGGCUCUAUUUGCACUUUUGGAAAUACCUAAGGGUGAUGAUGAAUUAGCCAUAGAUGUGAUGGACAGGCUGAGCCCAUCCAUUCUUGAGAGCUUCAUCCAUCUCACAGGGGCUGAUCAGACUACUUUGCUGUAUUGCCCUAGCUCCAUAGAUUUACAGACGUUGGCAGAAUGGAACUCUUCUCCUAUCAGCCACCAGUUUGACGUGAUUAGUCCAUCGCAUAUAUGGAUAUUUGCACAUGUGACCCAAGGCCAAGACCCGUGGAUUAUAAGUCUCUCUAGUUUUUUAAAGCAAGAAAACCUUCCAAAACACUGCUCUACAGCUGUGAGCUAUGCUUGGAUGUUUGCAUACACAAGGCUGCAGUUGUUGUCCCCGCAGGUUGAUGUAAAUAGCCCCAUCAAUGCUAAGAAAGUAAAUACAACCACGAGCAGCGACUCGUACAUUGGCCUGUGGAGAAACUAUCUGAUUCUUUGCUGCAGUGCAGCGACAUCCACGUCAUCUUCAACGUCUGCAGGCUCUGUAAGGUGUUCUCCUCCUGAGACCCUGGCGUCCACCCCCGACAGUGGCUACAGCAUUGAUUCCAAAAUUAUUGGCAUCCCAUCGCCUUCAUCAUUGUUUAAGCACAUAGUUCCAAUGAUGCGCUCCGAGAGCAUGGAAAUCACAGAAUCCCUGGUCCUAGGUCUUGGCAGAACCAACCCAGGAGCUUUUAGGGAACUAAUAGAGGAAUUACAUCCCAUAAUUAAAGAAGCACUGGAAAGAAGGCCAGAGAAUAUGAAACGGCGCAGGCGGCGAGACAUUUUACGAGUGCAACUGGUACGGAUAUUUGAACUGCUGGCAGAUGCUGGUGUCAUUAGUCACAGUGCAAGUGGUGGCCUUGACAAUGAAACACAUUUCCUCAAUAACACUUUACUGGAAUAUGUAGACCUCACCCGGCAACUCCUGGAAGCGGAAAAUGAAAAGGACUCUGAUACACUGAAGGAUAUACGAUGCCAUUUCAGUGCCUUAGUGGCGAAUAUCAUCCAGAAUGUUCCAGUGCACCAGAGAAGAAGCAUUUUCCCGCAGCAGAGCCUUCGUCACAGUCUGUUCAUGCUCUUCAGUCACUGGGCAGGACCUUUUAGCAUCAUGUUUACGCCUUUGGACCGAUACAGUGAUAGGAAUAUGCAAAUCAAUAGGCAUCAGUACUGUGCAUUAAAGGCUAUGUCUGCUGUACUGUGUUGUGGCCCUGUUGCAGAUAAUGUGGGACUGUCAUCAGAUGGCUAUUUGUACAAAUGGUUGGAUAACAUUUUGGACUCUCUGGACAAAAAGGUUCAUCAGUUGGGCUGUGAAGCAGUCACAUUGCUGCUGGAGCUGAACCCGGAUCAGAGCAACCUGCUGUACUGGGCUGUGGAUCGCUGCUACACGGGUUCCAGGAGGGUGGCCGCUGGCUGCUUCAAAGCCAUAGCCAACGUGUUCCAGAACAGGGAUUAUCAGUGUGACACAGUGAUGCUCCUAAACCUGAUACUGUUUAAAGCAGCUGACUCUUCCAGAAGUAUCUAUGAAGUUGCUAUGCAACUUCUACAGAUCCUGGAACCGAAGAUGUUUCGCUAUGCUCACAAAUUGGAGGUUCAGAGAACAGACGGGGUGCUCAGCCAGCUGUCUCCUCUGCCGCAUCUGUAUUCUGCUUCGUAUUACCAGUUGUCGGAGGAAUUAGCAAGGGCCUAUCCUGAGCUCACUCUGGCCAUCUUCUCAGAGAUAAGCCAGAGAAUCCAGACAGCUCACCCGGCGGGGCGGCAGGUCAUGCUGCACUACCUGCUGCCCUGGAUGAACAACAUCGAGCUGGUGGACUUCAAGCCUUUGCCCACGGCCAGGCGCCACGAGGAAGACGAGGACGACUCCUUAAAAGAUCGCGAACUUAUGGUGACCAGCAGGCGCUGGCUGCGGGGAGAAGGCUGGGGGUCCCCGCAAGCCACCGCGAUGGUCUUGAACAAUCUGAUGUACAUGACAGCAAAGUACGGCGAUGAGCUGGCCUGGUCGGAGGUGGAGAACGUGUGGACCACGCUUGCAGAUGGCUGGCCAAAGAACCUGAAAAUUAUUUUGCACUUUUUGAUCAGCAUCUGUGGGGUGAAUAGUGAACCAAGCCUCUUGCCUUACGUAAAGAAAGUUAUCGUUUAUUUGGGUAGAGACAAAACGAUGCAGUUACUAGAAGAGCUGGUGAGUGAGCUCCAGCUGACGGACCCCGUCUGCUCCGGCGUCACCCACAUGGACAAUCCCCCCUACUACCGCAUCACUUCGAGCUACAAAAUCCCUUCUGUCACCUCAGGAACCACUUCCAGUAGCAAUACAAUGGUAGCUCCCCCAGAUGGCAGCUCUGAUAACAAGCCCUUAAAGGAGAGCCUGGAAGAGAACUAUGCACACCUAGACAUCUACAGUGGACUCAACAGCCAUUUAAAUCGCCAGCAUCACAGACUAGAAUCCAGAUACAGCAGCAGCUCCGGAGGAUCUUACGAAGAAGAAAAAAGUGAUUCAAUGCCACUUUAUUCUAAUUGGCGACUGAAAGUGAUGGAGCAUAACCAAGGAGAGCCACUGCCCUUCCCACCAGCUGGAGGCUGCUGGUCACCACUGGUGGAUUACGUGCCUGAAACGUCAUCACCUGGAUUACCUCUUCACAGGUGUAACAUAGCAGUGAUCCUUCUGACUGAUCUGAUCAUUGAUCACAGCGUAAAGGUGGAAUGGGGAAGCUACCUCCAUCUUCUGCUUCAUGCAAUUUUUAUAGGGUUUGACCACUGCCACCCUGAGGUGUAUGAACAUUGUAAACGCCUGCUUCUGCACUUACUAAUAGUGAUGGGACCCAACAGUAACAUCCGAACUGUUGCUUCUGUCCUUCUCAGGAACAAGGAGUUUAAUGAGCCCAGGGUGCUUACAGUCAAACAAAUUGCACACUUAGAUUACACUUUCACAGCAGGCAUUAACGAUUUUAUACCUGAUUACCAGCCCUCCCCUAUGACCGACUCAGGGCUUAGCUCAAGUUCUACCUCUUCUAGUAUCAGCUUAGGAAACAACAGCGCUGCCAUCUCGCACCUGCACACCACCCUCCUCAGCGAGGUGGACAUCUCAGUGGAGCAGGACGGAAAGGUCAAAACUCUCAUGGAGUUCAUUACCUCAAGGAAAAGGGGACCCCUUUGGAACCAUGAGGAUGUUUCUGCCAAGAAUCCCAGCAUAAAGAGUGCGGAGCAGUUAGCUACAUUUUUGAAACACGUGGUUUCUGUUUUUAAACAAUCAAGCCCAGAAGGAAUUCAUUUGGAACAUCACCUUAGUGAAGUUGCUCUGCAGACCGCACUUUCUUGUUCUUCUCGACACUAUGCCGGGAGAUCCUUUCAGAUUUUCAGGGCCCUCAAGCAGCCCCUUUCUGCAACUAUGCUUUCCGAUGUUCUCUCCAGACUCGUAGAAACCGUCGGAGAUCCAGGGGAGGAUGCACAGGGAUUUGUGAUUGAGCUUCUUCUCACCUUGGAAUCUGCAAUUGAUACUUUGGCUGAAACCAUGAAGCAUUAUGAUCUCCUUUCUGCCCUUUCUCAAUCCUCAUAUCAUGACCCGAUAAUGGGAAACAAGUUUGCAGCUAACAGGAAAAGCACUGGACAACUCAAUCUCAGCACAAGUCCCAUUAGUAGUAGCAGUUAUCUGGGGUACAACAGUAAUACAAGAAGCAACUCUUUGAGAUUAAGCUUAAUGGGUGACCGCAGAGGUGACCGCCGGCGGAGCAACACACUGGAUAUAACAGAUGGACGGAUAAACCACAGCGGUAGCUUGGCAAGGACUAGAAGCCUUUCCUCUCUCCGAGAGAAGGCCAUGUACGAUGUGCAGUCCACUACUGAGCCCACCAACUUGAUGGCCACCAUUUUUUGGAUAGCAGCGUCUUUGUUAGAAUCAGAUUAUGAAUAUGAAUACCUCCUGGCUCUCAGGCUCCUCAACAAACUGCUUAUCCAUUUGCCAUUGGAUAAAUCAGAGAGUCGAGAGAAGAUUGAAAAUGUUCAAAGCAAACUGAAGUGGAACAAUUUUCCAGGCCUUCAACAGCUCUUCCUUAAGGGUUUUACCUCAGUAUCUACCCAAGAAAUGACCGUCCACCUCCUCAGUAAACUCAUCUCCGUCUCCAAACACACAUUGGUGGAUCCUUCCCAGUUGUCAGGAUUUCCUCUUAACAUCCUUUGCUUAUUGCCUCACUUAAUCCAACAUUUUGACAGCCCAACCCAGUUUUGCAAAGAAACAGCCAGCCGAAUAGCAAAGGUUUGUGCGGAAGAAAAAUGCCCCACACUCGUGAACCUGGCUCAUAUGAUGAGUUUGUACAGUACACACACGUAUUCCAGAGACUGUUCAAAUUGGAUCAACGUGGUGUGCAGAUACCUGCAUGAUUCCUUCUCAGAUACAACAUUUAACCUUGUGACUUACCUUGCAGAGCUGUUAGAAAAAGGAUUGUCCAGUAUGCAGCAAUCAUUACUACAGAUUAUCUAUAGUCUCUUGAGUCAUAUUGACCUGUCUGCAGCCCCAGCUAAACAGUUCAAUCUGGAGAUCAUAAAGAUUAUUGGCAAAUAUGUACAGAGCCCUUACUGGAAGGAAGCCCUCAACAUAUUGAAACUGGUGGUGUCACGCUCCGCGAGUCUCGUUGUACCCAAUGACAUCCCCAAAUCCUAUGGAGGAGAUAUAGGUUCUCCUGAAAUAUCUUUCACUAAAAUUUUUAAUAAUGUCUCUAAGGAGUUGCCUGGGAAGACCUUAGAUUUUCAUUUUGACAUCUCUGAGACACCAAUCAUUGGAAAUAAGUAUGGAGAUCAGCACGGUGCGGCUGGGAGGAAUGGGAAGCCAAAAGUGAUCGCCGUCACGAGAAGCACCUCUUCCACGUCCUCCGGUUCUAAUUCGAACGCCUUGGUUCCUGUCAGUUGGAAAAGGCCACAAUUAUCACAGCGAAGAACAAGAGAAAAGCUAAUGAAUGUGCUUUCUCUCUGUGGCCCAGAAUCCGGGCUCCCAAAGAAUCCUUCUGUUGUAUUUUCUUCUAAUGAAGAUUUGGAAGUCGGUGACCAACAGACUAGCCUAAUUUCUACCACAGAGGACAUAAUUCAAGAGGAAGAAGUAGCCAUAGAGGACAACACAAGUGAACAGCAGUUUGGUGUUUUUAAGGAUUUUGACUUUUUAGAUGUUGAGUUGGAAGAUGCAGAGGGUGAAAGCAUGGACAAUUUCAACUGGGGAGUCCGCCGGCGCUCACUGGACAGCAUUGACAAAGGGGACACCCCAUCCCUCCAGGAGUACCAGUGCUCAAGCAGCACCCCCAGUCUGAACCUGACAAAUCAGGAGGAUACAGACGAGUCCUCAGAAGAGGAAGCAGCCCUCACUGCAAGCCAGAUCCUGUCUCGCACACAAAUGCUGAGCAGUGACUCUGCUGCUGAUGAAACAAUGCCAGACCACACUGACCUGCUGCUUCAGUCUCAGGACUCCACCAGCAGCAACACCACCGAGGAAGUGCUUCACAUCAGAGAUGAGACCCCAAGUUUGGAGGCUUGUCUAGAUAAUGCUAGCAGCCAGCUGCCUGAGGAUACAAGAUCAGUAUUAAAGGAGGAGCAUGUUACAGACUUUGACGAUGAAGGACCGUAUAUUAUUCCAGAGCAGCAGGACUCUCUCCUGUGUCAAGGAAUUCUUGAUCUAGAAGAAACCGAAAUGCCAGAGCAUCUGGCUCCUGAGAGCUACCCUGAGUCCAUCUGCGAGGAGGACGUUACCUUAGCCUUGAAAGAGCUCGACGAAAGAUGUGAAGAAGAAGAAGCAGAUUUCUCUGGCCUGUCCAGUCAAGAUGAAGAAGAGCAAGAUGGUUUUCCGGAAGUGCAGACAUCCCCUCUACCAUCGCCCUUCCUCUCUGCCAUCAUAGCAGCCUUUCAGCCAGUGGCGUAUGAUGAUGAAGAGGAAGCCUGGCGUUGCCAUGUCAGUCAGAUGCUAUCCGACACGGAUGGGUCCUGCGCAGUGUUUACUUUUCAUGUGUUUUCUAGACUGUUUCAGACAAUUCAAAGAAAAUUUGGAGAAAUAACUAACGAGGCAGUCAACUUUCUUGGUGAGAGUCUGCAGCGCAUUGGUACCAAAUUUAAAAGUUCAUUGGAAGUGAUGAUGAUGUGUUCAGAGUGCCCAACAGUCUUUGUGGAUGCUGAAACGCUAAUGUCAUGUGGCUUGCUAGAAACACUCAAGUUCAGUGUUUUGGAGUUGCAAGAACACCUGGAUACAUACAACGCCAAAAGAGAAGCCGCUGAACAGUGGUUAAACAAUUGUAAAAGGACAUUUGGUGGUAAAGAAGACAUGUACAGGAUAAACACAGAUGCACAACAAAUGGAAAUUCUAGCAGAACUGGAGCUCUGCCGACGGUUAUACAAAUUGCAUUUUCAAUUGCUACUUCUGUUCCAGGCCUAUUGUAAACUUAUCAACCAAGUAAAUACAAUAAAAAAUGAAGCAGAGGUAAUCAACAUGUCAGAGGAACUUGCCCAACUGGAAAGUAUCCUCAAAGAAGCUGAGGCUGCUUCAGAAAAUGAAGAAAUUGAUAUUUCUAAAGCUGCACAAACCACCAUAGAAACUGCCAUUCAUUCUCUUAUAGAAACUUUGAAAAAUAAGGAAUUUUUAUCAGCUGUAGCACAAGUCAAAGCUUUCAGGUCUCUCUGGCCCAAUGACAUCUUUGGCAGCUGUGAAGAUGACCCCGUGCAGACGCUGUUACAUAUCUACUUCCAUCAUCAGACACUGGGCCAGACGGGCAGCUUCGCGGUCAUUGGCUCCAACCUGGACAUGUCAGAAGCCAAUUACAAACUGAUGGAGCUCAACCUUGAGAUAAGAGAGUCUCUCCGCAUGGUGCAGUCCUGCCAGCUUCCGGCACAGCCCAAACCUGUUGGAAACAUGGUGAGCCCUGGCUUCUGAGAAACCUCAGGCAUUGUGGGGAGAAACUGACCUGAAGAGGAUUAAGACUAUUAACCAAGCACCUUUGAUGAACCCUUGCGAUUCACUGAUGACUCUUCUGGCAGCAUCUGCAACUAUAGUGUAACUAGAGUCAAACUCUAUCCAAAACAGAUCUCAAGGAAAAAAAUCUAAUUGUUUUAACAGCUGCCAAUACCUCCUACUAUAACUGAAGAAGGAAUUUUUUAAUUAACCUACGUGAAAAGAAAAGGGCUAAAAGUGAUGCAUACAAAUACGUUGCUUCCUAGAGAAAGAAGAAUUCCAAGAACGUUUGCAAUAAUGGCCUCAAAUACUGAGACUUGGGGGGCAGGUGAAAUGAGGCUGAAGUCAAGGCUGGGUCGUUUUAGCCGAAGGCCUGCAAAAGCUGCUUGGAUUUCUAGGAGUCAGCAAGCUAAUCAAACGUGGAUGUUUAGUCAUCCCCAUGAACAUCCAUUCAGAUAGACACAGAAAGACUUAUUUGUAAAAACCAUUGAUUUUUCUUUUUUCUUCAAACUUAUGGGCUAAGGGUCUGGGGUGUUUUUGUUUUGGGGUCUGUGUAAGGAAUUGUGUGUGUGUGUGAGUUGGGAUGUGUGGGUAUGUGACAGUCCUAUUUUCAAGAUGUGGGUGCCUGAUGAUAACGUCUCAGAGCAUGCCUAAAAGAGCACUGCAAGAUUAUUUUUGAAAAAAUUUUAUUUUAUUAGAUCUAACUCUUCAUAGUGUGUAAAUGUUAGAACAUUUUAAUAAUAUUUUAAAGCUGGGCUUUCCCAGUAUUUCAAAAAGAAAUAAUAUAUCUGUUAACGUUAUUGGAAUGCUGCUCAGUUCUCUGAUCAGUGCUUAUGUUACAACUGUUGAUAACUAACCAAAGUAGAUUGCCUGCAGAGACUUUAAAAUGUAAAAUAAAGGUGUAUGCUGCCCGUCAGCUAUUCCCAUUAGAAAAGUUAACUUAUUUUACUCCAUAAUUAUUAUAGAAACUGUAUAGACUAAAACCAGUAUUUUCUUGUACAUCUGUGCCAUGCACUGCUAUACAGGAAUAGGUCUACAAAGCUAAAGGAAAAAAUGUGGUCAUGUUGGUAGAAUACAGUAUCUGGGCUGCAGGCUCUGAGGUCUGCAGAAUUUGAGAGGAGAUGCAAACGGCAUUUCUGUAUGUUGAUUCAGGACUUACAUGUUCCAUGCUACAGGAACCUGGGGCUCUGGGGGAAACGAAAGAAGCCUGAAGACUGCCUACCACAACACGCAAUAUACAUAUUCACUGUCUGGUCUGUCGCAUAGCACAGACUGCAUUCUCUGUCCUUUUUUUAAAAAAAUAGCAUUUUGUAAAAGAAUGUAGUCCCACAACUCCUCUGAUUUGAAAGGAACACCUUGUAUUUUUUAUAUGCAUCUCUUAUCCACUGUGACUUUUCAACUGGGCUCUGCGAUUCCAGAGUUUGGAAUGUAGAAAUGAAAUACUUAGCUUUGCCUUUUCUUAGGGGUGUGGACCUGCCAGAAAUGUAAUUAUGCUCAAGUGCAUUAAUUGAAGGCACUGUGCACACCACCAUUGGACUGCUGACCAUAGUUAUGUUUCCUGUAAAACUCCGUAACUGGUCACGGCACCUUCAUAAUCACUGUAUUUUUGACCCUUAUAAAAAAUUAUUUUAAUGGUGUUCUGGUACUGUAAAUGGUGUCCUUUAAAUUAUUUAAUAACUUGGGUGUGGGGCCAGCAGAGAGGGAUGGUGUCCAGAGACACAGCACACUUUAUAUCCUAUCUUACUCUCCCCUAUUUUUCUUAUCCUUACAUCCUUUUUGUUAAAAAUAAAAGGCAUUGUAGCUGUU